AUGAAGCUGACCAUGCUGUACGCCCUUCUCUUCGUUCCUCUCGCUCUCCCAUCAAAACCCAAAGGCUCCAACCUGAAAUUGGCAGCGAAGAUCGUGGAAAAGAAUGAGCCCAAGAUACCUGUAUGGCUUGCAGGACAGGAGUUGUACAAGACUGAGAGGGUUGCCCUCUUGUUGAGAGGCGCCUCACUCGAUGAGGAGACCAAAUGUAAUCUCUUGGACUUGAACACUUUGAAGAAGCCAAAUGCACUAUUACUUGGGGAAAAGAUUGAUGGAGGAAAACUUCAGGGAAAUUCAUUUUUGGAGGAUAUUUGUAGAAAGAAGCGUGCUAGCAUGUAUAUUCAUGCCUCAAGCACUCAGAAAAAGCCCCGUAAUCUUGCAUUUGGGCGGCUUUUUAACGAAAAAAUACUGGACCACUUCGAAUUUAAAAUCACGCGAAGUUCAAGAAAUGAAAGCAAUAACCAUACAUCAGUACGGAAGUUUCCAAGUUACGGUUCUCCUCCUUGUUUCGUCUUUAUCGGACAACAAUGGCAGAAAGACAAAAAUCUUUCUGAGUUCAAGAAUUUACUCAUCGACUGUUUCGGUGUCCGACUUGGCAAAACUGUAUCAAUGGACAGCAUUGAGCAUGCCAUUGUUUGUGUAGCGCACAAUCAGACCGAAGUGUCUUUGAUUCACUAUGUGAUCGAGAUGGGUAAAUCGCUCCAAACCGUCAAACUUCACCUGUCCUUCCCUGAUUGUACCAUGAACCUCCGAGAAUGUAAGCUGGCAGAUGUUAACAUUCUAAGAAAAGCUCUUGGAGUCGUACGAGAAGUUGGACCGGAAGCACAGAAACGGGCAAAGCGAAGAUUGGAGAAGAAGCAGAAAGAGGCAGAGAAGCGACGAAAGCGCCUGGUCGAGGAAAAGAGAAAGCAGUGGCUGGCCCAAGGGAUCCAUGCGACGCCCGAGAUGCUCCAACAGUACGCGGAGGAACAAAACGCUGCUGCGGUCAAAGUUAAGGCACUAUAG